CAGUCGCAGCAGGUCACUGUCAAAAUUUCUGUUGGUUUAAGGAAACUAAAUAUUUUUUGGGGUCUAGUCUCACAUUUACAAUAAAAUACGGUAUUAAAUCCAACAAUUUUUGCCUUAACCUAAGGGGCCCAAAAUUUGUAACUAUUUGCAAUGUUUCGCGUUGGCAAGUUGCGGCGCUACAUGGCUGCGGUAGCCAAAGGGGAUUCUUGGCUAUCCUCAUCGAGGAAUCGCCUUUCGGUGUCGGGCUCCCAGGUUCAGCGGCGCUGCUUACACUCGAGGAACUACUUGCAGGGAGUAUCCAACCGCGUUGCAGGCACGCCCUCGGCCACGGCUCAGUUGGCCAGCAUCGGCGGUAGUAAGCAGCAGAAGCCGUCCCAUCCAAAAUCUCCCGACGGUUUCUCCGAAGGAAAGAACCGUUGGCCGCGCAAGGUUUUCAGCGGAGUCCAGCCCACUGGAUCGCUCCACCUGGGAAACUAUCUAGGAGCGGUACGGAAAUGGGUGGAAUUGCAAAAUGAUCGUGAUGAUGUUACUAUUUGUAUUGUGGACUUGCACUCUAUCACACUUCCGCAUAAUCCUCCGGUUCUGCGCGAAAAUAUCUUUACCAUGGCCGCCACCCUACUGUCCUGUGGCAUUGAUCCUGCCAAGAGCACUCUUUUUGUCCAGUCCAGUGUGCCCGAGCAUGCAGAGUUUAACUGGAUCCUCAGUUCACUGACCACCAUGCCGCGUCUGGCGCAGCUGCCGCAGUUUCGCGAAAAAUCGCGCCUAGUUAAGGAUGUGCCUUUAGGAUUGUACGUGUAUCCGGUGCUCCAGGCUGCCGACAUUAUGCUUUACAAAGCCACCCAUGUUCCCGUUGGCGCCGAUCAGUUGCAACACAUCCAGUUGGCCCAGCACCUCGCCAGGUCCUACAAUACUCGCUACGGUGAAACAUUUCCCGUGUGUCAAGCUCUCAUAGAGGAUAGCAAUGCAUCGCGCGUGCUAUCGCUUCGUGAUCCCUCCAAGAAGAUGUCCAAGUCAGAGGGCAACCCCAAGGCCACCAUUAACCUAUGCGAUUCGCCCGAAGUGAUCAUGCAAAAGAUUAAAAAGGCUGUCACCGAUUUCACCUCGGACAUUACCUUCAAUCCAACCAAGCGACCCGGAGUCAGCAAUUUGGUGAACAUCCACGCUCUGGUAACGGAUCAGCCAAUCAAAUCGGUGGUGGAUGAGGCGACAACCCUCGACACAGCCAAAUACAAGGAGCGGGUGGCAGAGGCGGUUAUUGAGCACCUGCGUCCUAUCCGGGAGCAGAUUCGUCAUCACAUGGGCAAGCGCAGCGAGCUUACAUAUCUGUUGGAGGUGGGUGCGGAGAAGGCACGCCAGCAGGCGCAAAGCACGCUGAACGAUGUGAAGCAGCGCCUAGGCCUUGGAACAGCCAACAACAUUCCAGCGGCAGUGAACGUGGCACCAUUGCUGCCGCCGGAAGUGGCAAAAACAUCGCCCAGCCGGCUGGUGGCCCAGGAGAAUGAGGGAGGCGUCCACGAGCGUCACGAACGAAUGUAUGGGUUUGGAGAUGUUCCGAGCGGUGGACCCGGCCAGUCGGCCACCGGAGAACUGACCGAAUUGGGCAGUGCAAUGUCCAACCGCACGGUUCUCCGACGCAUUCCUGUGGUGCCGACCCAGACUAUGCGGGUUGAGAAGGAGCGGGGAAGCUCAAAGCCGCGUCACGUCUUCAAAAUGGACAGGUGCAAUGCACCCAGCAUUGGAUUCAAGGCGCCACCUACAUUCCCCACCACAAUGGUCACUGGUGGGCUAGCUAAGAACAGGCGGCCACCUGCCAGAACUGGAAUGGGUUACACCCACACUAGCCAGAAUGUGAAUCCCAGCGCUGUCUCCACCGUGGCAAGGGAGGUGAACGCUUCGAAGCAACAGGAGUAUACCUAUAACAUGACCAACGGUGGCUACUAUAAAACCACUCUCAAUGCAAGCGCAAAUAGGACGAGCGAUAGGGGCAUCUCCAAAGACAGGAGCAGUCCCAUCGACCGAAGCAGUCCUAUUAUAAGAAUCGAGGAGAGCUCUAUCAAUUCGAUCAGAGAAGCCGAGGCUAGUGCAGAGGACGAGGAGUCGCGAGCUGUGGAGGAGCAUCAUCAUGAUGAGCAUGCCGAGCAUGAAGAGGAAAAGGAAAGGGACUCUGAAGUGGGAGAUAAGAGCACCGAGGCUACCAAAGUGGAAAUUUAGGACGGGGAAGCAUUGCAAUUGUUAUUAGUGUAGUUAGGUUUAAUCGCAUAUUUUUUGAAAAAUCCGUCGUUCACCGUAACUUGGAAGAAUGCUUGGAACCCGGCCCAAUUGCAUUUCCAUGGAAAGAGAAUCUUUAACCAACAACGAGAAAUACAAAUUUCUUUAUGGGCAAAUGUAAAACGGCUAACCCAAAUUAAUAAAUAAAAAAAUUGUUGAAUUUGUUUAUUAAUACCAGAUAA